UCCAGCUCCAGCUCUUAUUGAUUCGCUCGCUGCGGAGCUGACUCUCACUCUCCCUUUCUGGGUUACUGUAGUUCUGUGUCGAGCUUCUUCUCCGUUUUUUUUUUUAAACACCGCCCCCCCUCCUCCUCCACACCGGACUCGCGUUUUUCCACCGGUCUUUGGAGUAUCACCAAACCGCGGCCACGAUGACAGAGGCGGAGGCGUUGGAGAAGAAGCAGCACAAGCACAGCAACGGGAAUGCUCUACCGGAGGCCACCAGAGAAGACGUGUUUGAUCACACAUACAAAGAGAAAGAGGGCCCCAAACCUGCCACGAUCAUCGUAUGGAAAAAUGUCUUAUUGAUGACUCUAUUGCAUUUAGCUGCCCUGUACGCCAUGUUCCUCGUCCCCUCCGCAUCUAUUUUGACCUUGCUUUGGUCCACACUUUGUUUUUUGAUAAGUGCUUUAGGAAUUACUGCAGGAGCUCAUCGCCUGUGGAGUCACAGAUCCUACAAGGCCUCAGUACCUCUCAGGAUCUUUCUUGGCUUUGCUAACUCCAUGGCAUUUCAGAAUGAUAUCUUUGAAUGGGCUCGAGACCACAGGGUCCACCACAAAUAUUCAGAGACAGAUGCUGACCCCCACAACGCCGUGCGGGGCUUCUUUUUCGCUCACAUCGGGUGGCUGCUGGUGCGCAAACACCCUGACGUCAUUGAGAAAGGGCGCAAGCUUGAGCUCAAUGACCUGCUGGCUGACAAAGUUGUAAUGUUUCAGAGGAAGUAUUACAAGCCGUCUGUGCUGCUCAUGUGCUUCUUCGUCCCCAUGUUCGUGCCUUGGUACAUGUGGGGAGAGUCUCUGUGGGUGGCGUACUUCAUCCCGGCAGUGCUGAGGUACACCAUGGUCCUGAACGCCACCUGGCUGGUCAACAGCGCGGCUCACAUGUGGGGAAACAGGCCCUAUGACAAGAACAUCAACCCCAGGGAGAACAAGUUUGUCGCGUUCAGCGCUAUAGGCGAGGGAUUUCACAAUUAUCACCACUCUUUCCCCUAUGACUAUGCCACCAGCGAGUUUGGCUGCAAGUUGAACCUUACCACUUGUUUCAUCGACUUCAUGUGCUUCUUGGGCCUGGCGAAGGACCGCAAGCGAGUGUCCAGCGAGCUGAUCACGGCCCGAAUACAGCGCACCGGAGACGGGAGCCACCGGAGUGGCUAAGAUUGUUGAAUUGUGGUCAGCUUCAAGGCAGGAAAACCGAAAGGAAGAAGCUUCACAGUUCUUUGACAGCUAUACAUUUCUCAUCCUCUGAGGAUAAAAGUCAGCUUAAUGAGGGCCUUGACCACAUUUUGCUUGUUUUUUGUGGUUUUUGUAGCUGUAACUUAACAAAAUUGUUCAAGAUGGAUAACAAACACAUUUAGCUAAGGUCUUGGCCUCGAUUUAUAUUGUUCAUUCAGGCCAAGAUCUUGCAAAGAUGUUUUAGAUUUGAAGUAGAUGCAUUUUAAAAGUCAACUUCAUUCUCCGCUGUUUUGCCACUUUGGUGUGCAUUCUUCAUGCAAAGUCAUGUAGCCGAUCAUUUUUAUGUAAGUAUUACUCAAUUAUUAAUCAAAAUAGACAAGAAGUGGAGCACUGAAAUACAGAGUAACAUUUCAACGGUUAAGGUGACUGUUAUUGCAGUUUACAGGAGGUUUUUACAUUUCUGAUAUAAAUUCACAUUUUGAGCGCUCUUAAAGAUCUGGGGGGGAAAAAAGGGAUGAGAGUUUUUGUUUGUUUUGUUAAAGAGUUGCUGGCUUUAAUGAAAUAUGGCACAUGACGGAAGAGUGAGGGAACCCAGACCAUCUUAUAACCCGACUAUACUGACAACCGGUAAUGCCAAAACUGUAUGGAAGCUGAGUCAUGCAGUGUGUAGUGCAGUGUGUAACUUGGUUUUCUUCUAACCAAACCAAAUGUGUAGAACAUGUCAAACAUGACAAUAUAAGGGACACAUUUAUCAUUAAACUAAAACUGCCGUUCAAUAUUAACAGUCAAUUAUAAAUGUCAUUUGAACUUAGAGCCAUGUUUAAUUGACUUUUUUUGUGUUUUUAAUGAAUAUAUUAUAGUGCCAAGAGCGUGCCAACAGUCGACAUAUUUAUAACCAUCUCAGUGGUCCACUAGAGCACACUAAGUCGAUAUUGCUUCUUCACUCAGCAUCAUUUGUGGAAGUUUUUUAACAUUGUGGCAUCAGUGGCUUCGCUUCCUCUUGAGACUUUUAUCCAACCUGUCCUUUUUGUCCUGAAACAUCUGCAGCAGAGAUCUCAUUGGUUGCUGUAGCAGCCAGUCACGUGACAGUUCUGGUGUUACAAAACAACAUGCCACCCAUGCAUGAUGAUAUACUGUAGUAGGUGUUGUGGUGAGGUGUUUCGUCGGUGACUCUUAAUGGCAGAGCUGUGUCUAUUUUUGUAAUGUACUGUGCAGCUGCAUCGCUUUUGGAUCAUCAGAACUGUUGCCAUGGUGAUUUCUGAGACGCGGUCUGGUUUCCCUUCGAUGUCCUACAAAAGCUGAUUGUCAUUGCAAAAGAUUUCGAUGUUUAUGUCAAUCUUAAAAUUCUGGUGUGAGGAAUGCUUAUAUUAUCUUAUUUAUGUAUUUAUUUUAUUCUUUUCCUUAUUGACAAAAAAAAAAAAAAGAUUGCUCUAACCUGAACCGGUUUUUUUGCAUUCCAAGAUUUGGCAGACAGUCUCGUUAAAAAAAAAGAUUUAUAUCAAAUUGGAGCAACUGUUUGUUUUUUUUUUCCCCCAAGAGUCAGGAUACAACCUAAUGCCUUAUGACUUGCAUCCAUUCCUGGUCUUCUUCACGUCCUGUCUAGUUAAGACAAAAAAGGUUAAACUACCACAAAACAAAUCUGACAGAGGUCCAUGUUUACAGGCUGAAGCAACAGGUGGAUAAUCAUUUUUAUUCUGAAACCAUACGAGCAUUUAAUUUAGGCAAACGGUAGCAUGACAACAUAAAUGUACUGUAAAAUGCAAAUAGACGAUAGAGGUUCAUUUUCAAAUAAUCAGAUACAAACCUUAACGCCUGGUGCAAACGCUCAAUCGUGAAAUUUAACUUGCAAAAAUACGGGCCCCGACGGAUGUGCCAACUUGUUCCAACCCAUCACGGCAUCUCGGUAUGUAUACUUUCAGACAAAGGUGCUGUCAUGAUGAAUCUUGGAGCACGUAACCAAACCUCGACAAUAUAUCACAAGACAUGCAAACAACUCCUGCUGCCCAGAGCGCCAAAAUCUACGUUUUCCUACUGAUGAGAAGGAUUAAAAGGUUGUCACUGAUGGAUGAUAACGUCAAAUCUCAACUGUAUUCUAUUCUGAAAUAAAAUUCACAAUAUUUUCAAUACACGUAA